UUCUUCCGGAGGCGGUUUUUCUUCCCCGUUGGCCGAGGAAAGCUGGAAGUUUAAUGCGGGGCGGCUGGCUUGGUUCGGGCCUUCGUUCCUCUGGACGUCGCCAGCCGAGCCAGCGCCUGCUUUUCGCUCUCCGUUGCCUGGAGAGGAGGGCCGCGUCUCCUUCCCCAGCCGGCCCGCUCCGCUCCGCCUGUUUGCUGCGGAAGUCAUGAGAGAUAUUUGUUGCUGAGGGUUAACAAAGCGUCCGGAAGAAAAGCUGGCCAGGUGAUUUAUGUGACACAGAUCUUCUUUCAAGAAAUCUGCAUAAUUUAAGACAAUGGAAGUACUUCCAGAACUCUAUGAUAUUUUUCAAGGAGAGGUUGCCUCUGUGACAGAAUAUGGAGCAUUUAUAAAAAUUCCAGGAUGCAGAAAACAAGGUCUUGUCCACAAAAGUCAUAUGUCAAGCUGCCGGGUAGACAAACCGUCAGAGAUGGUGGAUGUUGGAGAAAAAGUAUGGGUGAAAGUUAUAGGAAAAGAGAAGAAAGAUGACAAACUGAAACUGUCUCUUUCCAUGAAAGUUGUUAACCAAGGAACUGGAAAGGACCUGGAUCCCAAUAAUGUUGCCCUUGAUCAAGAUGCACGGAAAAAACGUUCAUUCAAAGACUACACCAGUCAGAAGAUCACUCUUGAAGCUGUUUUGAACACAGUCUGCAAAAAGUGCGGUUGCCCAGGUCAUUUUGCAAAAGAGUGUUUCAUGCAGCCAGGAGGCACAAAGUACACUCUUAUACCAGAGGAUGAAGAGGAAAUCCCUCCAGGAGACGAAAAGAAAAACCUUCAGUCUGAGAAUUCUAUAAAGAAAAGAAAAAAGGAAAAGAAGAAGAAAAAGAAGCACAAAAGUAAAAUCCCUUCUGAAUCAGAUAAUUCUGACAGCUGUAAUUCAGACACCGGUGGUGAUCAGCCAGCCAGGAAGAAGGCAAAACAUAUUGAAAAGGCGAGCACCUCUCAGAAGAGAAAGAAAAAGAAGCACCAUAAGAAAAAGCACAAAGAAUGAGGAGCAGAUGCUGAGCAACAGGCCCUGCUGAUACAGCAUGCCCCCCACCCCCCUUUUCCUCUUGGCUUCCCGGACUCAUCAGUCAGAGAAAUGAACAGCUGAGACAGUGCCUCUUGCGUUAAGGCGAAAGGAUUUUCCUUCUCUGAAUAGCAGCAUUGUUUCCUAUGACAUUUCACAAAAGCUGUCUCUUUUUCUGCUACAGAGAAGGAAAGGGGGAGCCGGUUGCGUCUGAGCAUUCCUCAGCCCAGAUGUGCUUAUUCAUCUGGAGCUCUUCUCAUUCCGUAACGUGUUUCUGCCAGGCAAGAUGCCAGGGCUGCAGCCAGUCCUUUGGAACAACCCUGAGACAUCUACAAGGAGCGCGCAAGGCAUGAGCGGGCAGCAUGGCCCCUUUAGACGAGAUGACAGCUGGGUGUCGAUUCAGCAUCUAGCAGCCCCUCCGCAUGCCAUUAGAAGGAGCUGUGGACACAUCCUCUGAGCUGACAGUCUUAGGUGCGGGCUGAUUGGUGCAGAACAAUCACUCCACUGCAUUUGCCACGAUCCCAUUUGUCAGCACUACUGAAGGGCGGGGGAAUUCAUCACCCUUCUUAUGUAGAGACAAUCAGGUUUUUUAAAAAAGAGUCACGUGGUUAUUGCUAACAAUUUAAGUUAUGAAAUAAAACAAUUUUUUGUUUUUGGACUCAGUUCUUCUGUGUGCCUUAUUCUGGGUCAUAGCAGAAGUGGUUAAAUUAAUGAAGGGCUUCCUUCAGUUGGGUUCAAAGUAUUCUUUUGGAGCGUACCAAUUUGCCAGUUGCACCCCCUUUCCCCCUGUUAAUCUGUCAUUUCUGUGGUAUUCAACAACACAGCAGAUUGAGCAGUUGCUUUCAGUGCCAAAGAACUAAGAUUACUGAAUUUGACGUACGCUCAUGCUGUGAGAGAAUGAUCUUUGACGUUUUCCUGAGGAAAUGUUUUGCUAUUAUGUAACCACAUCUUCCAUUAUUAGACAUGGCACCCUCGGGGAUCUGAGCCUAUGCUGUGAUGCAGCAUGAUCUGAAGGUGCCAAACUGUUUUAUUCGCUUUUUGAAUACAAAUUGAAAUUUUUUUGCUAGGCAUGAGGGUCAGACAGUUUAAGCUUGGCAACUUACAGUUUAAACAAGGCCAUGUACUGUUUGUGUUUACCCAAAAAAAUAAAUAAAUCUAAAUUUGGAACCAAGACUGAUUUUGUUUAUGUUUUGCAACUUAUUCUGUGCUAUUCAAAAAUAGGCAGGAAUAUAUGCAGAUCAUUUAAACCACACUUGAACGAAUGGAAACUUGAUUUCCCAUUUGCAUUUGAUGCACCUUAGGUUGAAAAGUAAUCUCUGCAGCCAGUCUCCAUAGCCAUCUCUGUAUUGCAACCCUGGACUUUCUUGGUGUUCUCCCAUCCAAGUACUAAUCAGCGCUGAUUUUGCUUAGCUUCUGAGAUCUGACAAGAUCAGCCUAGCCUGGGACAUCCAAAUCAGAGCCAUGAGGACUGUAGUCUGCAACGGUUACACAGAUAAUUUAUGCACACGUGCGUGUGCACGCAUGUGCAUGCGUGCACCCCCCCUCCUUUCUUUCCUCCUUAAUAAAAACUCCAUCAACCCCUACUAUUUGAGGAUAGUAGCUUUGCCUUCUCUUUGAGCACUGUAUGGGAAUAAAUGGCAGUGUUGCCUGAAAUUGCUGAAUGUUAGAGCUUUAAUGAAACCCAGAUGUUUAAUAUCUUCUAGUAGCUUCAGAGGCCUCAUUUUGACAACCUAAAGUUGGAUUUGCAAAUAAUACAUCACUGUUAGUAUCCAUUUACAAGGUGUAGCAUUUCUUGCCAUCUUGUGGUGUAUAAGUUGAAAGAGGAAGAUUAAAACUACAUGCACAGCGUAUGAGUAUAUAAUGUCUGUCUUGUUUAUGUAGCACAAAGAAUGAGGGAGGAUCCUUAAUUAAAGUUUUCAUGGUUUUUUUGGAGCCUGGAUGAAUGUGUAAAAUUAUAACUCGUCUUAAAGUGAAACUUUUUGUUGCUAGAAUGCUCUUUUUUUUAUGUACACCAAACUCCUUCUCCUGUGGUAGUAUCAAUUUCUAAGCCCUCAUGUGUUUUUCCUUGUAUCCCACAUUUUUUCAGUCCCAGCUCUGAAUUGCUUUGAUAAAAUAACCAG